AUGCUUGGAGUUAGCGGUCUGGAGAAGCGGGCCAAAUACAUCAUGCUGCUAGACAUAAUUGCAAUGGAUGACUGCCGUUAUAAGUUCCAUAAUAGCCAGUGGCUGGUAGCUGGAAAGGCUGAUCCCGAGAUGCCAAAGCGUAUGUAUAUCCACCCUGACUCACCUGCAACUGGCGAGCAAUGGAUGCAGAAGAUCAUCUCUUUUCAUAAGCUCAAGCUAACCAACAAUAUCUCGGACAAGCACGGAUUCGUGAUGACUUUUACUCCUGCACAAGUCACCCGCGGAGGGAAGCGUAUUCACGAAAAAUUGUAG